ACUAACAUUAAGGACACAUACUGAUGACAAUGAUUUGAGUUUUCAACACUUUGCAUCAGAUUUUAUUAUCAAUGGAGAAGUUAGUAAGAAGAUGGUUCAUUCCCACUCUUUCAGUCUUACCAAUCUGACUCUCUCUAAUCUCACAUUUCGUGUACUCUCUUUAUCUGAGCCACUGAUGGUAUUAAUGAAUAAUGAAGAGGUUUAUUCAACACUUAAACCAAGAGAAACUAUUGAAGGGUCAUUACGCAUUUGUUUAACUCAUGAAGCUUUCAUGACUCUUGUGAAAGAUGAAUCAGCAGCAGAGGAUCUGGUGAUGUUAAAUGAUUCACUUGUUGUUGAGUAUUCUAACAGCAUCAAACAGGAAUUCCCAAUCAGUGUGAGAGUGUCUCUACCUUCCCUCUCAGCCUAUCCAUCUCAUAUCAAUUAUAGCACUUGUUUGAUUGGACACUCCUCAUUGUCUAGUUUCCAACUGAGAAAUACUUCGCAUUCAUCACUCAAAUGGAAUAUCACACUACCAGAAAAAUUAUCAAGAGUAAUACAGUUAGAGCCUAACUCUAAUGUGCUCGAUACUGGAUCUGAAACUGUUAGGGUUACAUUCACUCCUAGAGCUGAAAUUAAAUAUUCAAUUGAGCUCCUUAUUACAGAGGAGAUAACAGGAAAAAGUUUCACUAUUACCGUAACUGGUAGAGGCUCGUCUAACGAGAGAUACAAGAGACAUAGAAGGAAAUGAGAGAAAAUUUUAUUUAAAGAAAAGACAGAAAAAUUUAUUUUAUGCACAUGUACAUGUACAUUGUAAUUGUUAUUGUUGCCUCAUUACUGUGGUUUCAUCAAUAUGGCCUCCUUUACACUCCCUGA